AUGAAAACUAGUGCUUACCUUAUUGCUCUUUUGCUUUUAUUGUCAACAUUUUUCUUGCUUCUAACAAAAUAAUAAGCAAAAAUAGAGGACAGUAACCUUAUAAACGAAGUCUAAAUACCUGAAUAACCUGAAUCUGCUAACCUUAAAUGCAUAGAUAACUUCCAUCCCUGUAGUAAUGAUCACGACUGUUGCUCCUAAUCUUGCCACUUAUGGCUCUGUAUUGGCUGGUGA